GUGUGUAUAUAUGUGCGUGUUUGUGUGUGUUGGUUUUUUUCAUGCGCAAUUUGGGUUAUAAAGCAAAAGCGAAAAGUGAAAAAAAAGAACGCGCCUGCUUUAGUGCUUAAAAUGCAUUAAAAAGUUUCUGCGGCAAGGGGCUUCAUUGAUUUUCCUACGCACUAAAGUAUGCUAUGCAAAACUAAACGCUGGAAAUCGCCUGCCAAUGGCCGCGGCCGCGUUUAAAGCGCAUCACACGCCCCAACAAAGGACAAUAAGGAUGUGGUCGGCAAAAACAACAACAGCAACAACAAUAACAACAACAAAGCCAUGUAGCUGCUAAGCAGCGAGUCAGCCAAACGCCACCCCCGCUUAACAAAGGGAAAGCGAAGAAAGCAGCAGCAGCAGGAGCAGCAACAAAGCAGCAGCAGCAGCAGCAGGUCGCGGGGUCAGCCGCUCGACGACAGUUAGCAGCAGGCGACGAUUGGUUGGUUGGUCGAUUGCCAAGCUGGCUCCCGUUUUGCCCAGCAGCGGCAUGGCCGGCCUGGUCAGCGCCGCUGCCAAUGGUGGCGCCGGUGGCAAGCAUCACCAGCAGCAUCAUCUCAUCUCGCCAACGCACUCACACACACACUCGCACUCGCACACACACACACUGCCGGCCGGCAUAUGCAGCAGCGACAGCGGCAUUUCAACCUUGAGCGCCAUCUCGCCGCCGCUCUCGUCGGGCAACUCGAUUGGCAGCAAUGCAGCGACCAGCACAGCAGCCGGCAGUCCAAGUCCGCAGCUGCGCACCUCGCCGGCGCUAAGCAUGCUGGGCAGCGCCACUGCCACGGCCAGCGGCAAAACUCAAACACUCAGUCCGGCGGGCAGUGGCUCACCCAACUAUUUGAGCACCAUGAAGCUGCUCGGGCCGGCGGCGAGCAUCGAUCUGGGCAGCUCGCCGCUCUCGCAUCGCAACUACAGCAACACGCUCAAGGGCUUCAGUUUCCGGCGCAGCUUUGACGACAAGAUUAUCACACCGCCGCCCUAUUUAUCGCAUGUCCAUGGGCAUGGCGGCUACAGCAGCGGCGGCGGCACGGGCGUCAGUGCGGCUCCCACAGCUGCGCCCAUACCCUAUCCACACUUCCAUCCAGCGUCGCAUCAUCAUGCGAACGUCACGCCGCCGUCGGUGGGCGCGGCGCAUCAUCUGCAUCUGCAUCAUCAUGGCGCCGGCAGCGCUGCCCAGCCUCUGUCGCUGGGCACACUGUCCACGCUAACGUCGUCGCAGUCCACCACGAAGCUCUCCUACCGCGAUGACUUUCUGCAGCAGAUUGGCUAUCUGCCAACGACGCGCAUUUACAGCACACCAACGAGCCUUGUGGACGAGGACCGAGCACAGCAGGACUUUCUAUCGCUGUCGCUAUCGCCGCCACUGAAUCGUCGUCGGGAUAUGCCGGCGCUGCGAGGACCCUUUGUCAGUCUCUCGGAGCCACGCGGCACGUUGAGCACCACAGAUGAGAUCUAUCCCGAUUCGCCGGAUAGCAGCCUCUACGGCUCGGAUGAGGAGCAAGAGGAUGCCUCACAAUAUUGCCGUGGCGGCUAUCAUCCGGUGGUCAUUGGCGAUAUAUUCGACAAUCGUUUUCGUGUUGUGCGCAAACUGGGCUGGGGUCACUUCUCCACUGUCUGGCUCUGUCGGGAUCUCAAGGAUGAGAAAUACGUAGCUUUAAAGGUGGUGAAGAGCGCACCGCAUUAUAUUGAGACUGCAGCGGAUGAGAUACGCCUGCUGGAGGCCAUACGCGAUGCCGAUCCGCUGGACAUGAAGCGUGAGCGGAUUGUACGACUGAUGAAUCAUUUUACGGUGCGCGGCGUCAACGGCGUCCACACCUGCCUCGUCUUUGAGGCGCUCGGCUGCAGCCUGUACAAACUUAUUGUGAAGAACAACUAUCAGGGAUUGGCCAUCAGCCAGGUGCGCAACAUUAUCAAACAGGUGCUGGAGGGUCUGGACUAUUUGCAUAGCAAGUGCAGCAUUAUACACACGGACAUCAAACCCGAGAAUAUUCUGCUGGUCAUCGAUAAUGCGGCGGCUAUGAACCAACAGAUCGACGAUGAGAUCAACAGUCUGCGCGUCAAGGGAGCCGACUUUCCCGACUCGUAUAUCAGCUCGAUUGAGAAGCAAACGAAGACGCGUGCCAAGUGGCCGCUAAUCGAGCCCAAUGGCUCAACGAACACGACGAGCAACAGCACAGCGAACAACUCGACAUCAUCGACGCCACUGGCUGCUGUGGUAAUGUCGUCGCUGGAUAAGGACGACACCACAACGACCUCGUCCACGCUUAACUCCAAUACCACCUCAUCGCUGGCCUCCAAGUACUCGAGCCUGCUGGGCGAGAGCGAGUGCAACGGCAUGGGGCUCAGCGGCAUGGGCAGCAUUGAGAGUCCUGUGCUGGGAGGAGGCUCUACGAAUUUAUGCAAUCGCUAUCGAGCUGAGAAGAAAAUCACUGCCAAGUCUUCUAAUGACCACGAUGAGGAAACUGACGCCGAUACGCUCGGCGAUGAUAGCACCAUAGCCAGCGAUUCGCCUACCGAACAAGACGUUAGUCCAAGUACAAAUCACGUUGACGACGUUGUUGUCGACGUGUUGACCACGGACAAGAUGCCCAACGUUACAAUCAGCAACUCCAACACCAAUAUCAAUUCGAAUACUCAAAGCACGUGCACGUCCACAGCACAACAGAACAACAUCAACAACAUACUCAACACGAUCGAUAGCAGCAACAGUCCCCCAAUGUCCGCAUCCGCAAACACCACUACCACUACCACUGCCUCUGCCUCUGCCUCAGUGUCUGACAAUGCACCAAAUCCAGCUCCUAGCAGCACAAACAGCACAUGCACGUAUCUAGCAACAGCAACAACAACAGCAACUGCAACAACAGCAGCAGCAACAUCAGCAGCAAGUGUAGCAACUGUAGCAACAGCAGCAAGCGUUGCUAAUGGCAGCAGCUGUGACAAUAAGACAACAAUAACAACGUUGGCUGGCGCUGCAACAACAACAGUUACAACAACAAGCACAACAACAACAACUGCUGCUAAACUAAAUGUCAAUGCCAAUGCCAUUCCUUCGCAGAACCAAAGCCAGAGCCAGAGCCAGAGCCAAUCCUAUACGCACACGAUACAAUCGCUCAUCAACAACAGCAAUGUGAGAGUGAAGAUUGCCGAUCUGGGCAAUGCCUGCUACGAUUAUCAUCACUUCACCGAGGACAUACAGACGCGUCAGUAUCGCUCGAUCGAGGUGCUGCUGGGUGCGCCAUAUAACUAUACCGCCGAUAUCUGGAGCACCGCCUGCCUGGCCUUUGAGCUGGCCACGGGCGAUUAUCUGUUCGAUCCGCAUGCGGGCGAGUCCUACAGCCGCGAUGAGGAUCAUUUGGCGCACAUUGUCGAGCUGCUGGGCUCCAUACCACAGUCGGUAAUACUGCGCGGCAAGCAUGGCCUUAAGUACUUCACCAGCUAUGGCAGCCUACGCAACAUCACCAAGCUGAAGCCCUGGAGUCUGUUAAAUGUGCUGGUGGAGAAAUACGACUGGGAUCCAGUGGAGGCAAAGAAGUUCUCCGAGUUUUUGCUGCCCAUGCUGGAGUAUAAUCCCGUUAUACGCGCCUCGGCCGCCGAGUGCCUGCAGCAUCCCUGGCUGGAGCAAGAGGAGCUCGUCUAAAAUAAAUAAGAAGGGCAACAAAUUAUUAAAGUAGAGAGACAGACAUGCAUCAAAACACACACAAACAUACAAAUACAUAUACAUAUACUUACAUACUUA